AUGGGAGCACAAGCAGAAGAAUAUCAAACACUUCAUAUGGACGAAGUCUUGUCUUCAGAGGCUGAAAAGUCAACGACGUUGACUGAUGAGGAGGCUCAGCCAAAUCUUGAAGAAGUGGAGAAGAUCAUAGGCUAUAGCUUCACCAACAAGGUUUUGUUAAAAGAAGCUUUUACACAUUCUUCUUUUCUGUCCACAGAGCGCUCUGCCUCUUCUUAUGAGCGUUUGGAAUAUGUUGGGGACGCUGUGCUCAAUUUGUUGUUCAGCAGAGAACAAUACAAUUUGUACCCGGACUUGCCACCAGGCAGGUUGACCCGGCUCCGGGCGGCCAAUGUGGAUACCGAGAAGCUUGCACGUGUGGCUAUCAAACACGGGUUGCACCGCUACCUGCGGCACAAGAAACCCUUUCUUGAAGAACAAAUUCGAGAAUUCACCCGAGCGAUUUCGCAUUAUCCACUGCAUUCCAAUGGUCUCAUAGAUGCUCCAAAGAACCUUGCAGACAUUGUUGAAUCAACAAUAGGAGCAGUUUUCAUGGACUGUAACUCAAUUGACACUGUGUGGGAGGCGUUUAAGGAUUUGUUGGAGCCGAUAAUAAAUCCGGGGACGAUAAAGACGCAUCCUGUUACACAGCUUUAUGAAAUAUGCCAAAAGAACAAUCUAAAACUUCGGUUUGUAAAUUUGUGGGAGGAAAGCCACACGGUUGAGGUUUUCAUAAACAAUGAGAUUGUUGGAAGAGGUACUUAUAGUCUUAAAAAGGAAGUUGCACAAAACAGAGCAGCAAAAGAUGCAUUGGACAACAUUUGGAAAGUAUUAGGUGAGGAAAAAGAAAAUGCCCAAGACCAAGAGGCAAAUUGUCAUUCUGGGGAACUACCUGAAAUGAAAAAUCUUAAUGUGUAG